GCAGUGGCUUAACCCACUGAGCCACCCAGGUGCCCAGAAAAUGAAGGUUUUUUAAUCCAGAAUUGUGAAGAAUUUAGGGAGUAAUAUGUUACUUCAGAUAUUCAACGGCUUGUCUUUAUUUAGACUGAUUGAUCUGAUUCUACCCAGCAGAACCAGAAGUCACUGGAAUCUGAAGGCAGUAAUUAUCCUUUUGUAUUUGAGGUACACGUUCAAAUGACAGUUUUUGGCAGCAAAGCUGAAGAGAUUAAAGAUGCUGAACUCAAUAGUACUAAACAGAUCAACAAUUGACUACAAUCUGAUUACAGAAUAUUAUAGAGUCUGUAAUAGUAUCCACGGUUAAUGUACUAUUCACUCUUCAGACCUGUCUUGCUAUAUUAGUUGGACCUUUUAUUCCUUUGACCAUAAUCUGUUAUGUACACACACACAGACACACACACACAGGCACAAAUAACUUCAUGCAUGUUCUGGUAAUUGGUACAUAGUAUUUCUUUGGCUAGAGUUUUCUGAGUUAUGUAUAGCUUAUAUUUUACUUGUUGCAGAUUUUACCCUAUUCUGAAUUUUGCCAUGUGACCUCUUCAUUCUAAUAUUCUCUCUGGCAGCCAUCAACAUGAUAGUAUAUAUGCUCAAGUGAGACAAAAAUAAGUACUAACCCUGGCCAGAAUCCAGCUGCACACAUGUGAGAGCUUGACACUGUUAGAAGCAAUCUUCUAAAACGUAAAGAAACUAGAAGUGAUGAUGUAAGUCCUACGAACAUUGAUAACUCAGAGGAGAGCAUGCAAGUCACUAAAAGUAAACUAAGGAAUCCUCAGUCAACGCCUGAAAAUCCAGAUGAUGUUAGUGUAGAGGAAGAAAAGCAAGGAAAGACAAGUAAAAAGGCGGUGAAAACAGUAUUCCAGAUGACUGCACAAGGAAUGGAACUGGAAACUCCUGUGAAGAAGGUGGAUUCCACACAUCAGAAAGCACGGACCAGGCCACAGCCAAGUGUUGCUCAUCAGAAGAGCAAGAAGGUAGAUGAAGAAAGAGAAAACAGUAAUUUAGAUGAGGAGGAAGAACUGUUGCAAUUGUACCAACUCCAAGUCGCUGAAGAAAUGGCGAAGGAGAUUAAGAAGAAAAUAAGAAAGAAACUCGAAGAACAGUUGACUUACUUUCCCUCAGAUCCCUCAUUGCAUGAUGGCAAACUGAACAGUGAGAAAAAAAUAAAGAAAAAAAAGAAAGUUUCAGUGUCGUCUAAAGCUGAAACAAGUACAUUGACCAUCUCUGAUGACACAGCUGAAAGUGAACAAAAGAAAGCAUCUCCAGUUAGAACAGUUACUUCAGAUUCUCAUCAAGAUGAGAAAAUAAGCUCAGUGGAAGACAAUGUAGAAGACAGCAUGCAAGAUGACACAAAAUCCAAACCAAAAAAAAAGAAAAAGAAGGCUAAACCAGUUUCAGAUGAUAAUGAAGACACUGAUGGUGAUGGUGUUCAUGAAGUAACAAGCCGAGAUAGUCCAGUUUAUCCCAAAUGUUUGCUUGAUGAUGAUCUUGUCCUGGGAGUUUACAUUCACCGCACUGAUCGACUUAAGUCCGAUUAUAUGAUUUCUCACCCAAUGGUAAAAAUUCAUGUGAUUGAUGAGAAUACUGGUCAAUAUGUCAAGAAAGCUGAUAGUGAACGGCCUGUUUCAUCUCACUAUGAAAAAGAAAAUGUGGAUUACAUUCUUCCUAUUAUGACCCAGCCAUAUGAUUUUAAACAGUUAAAAUCAAGAAUUCCAGAGUGGGAAGAACAAAUUAUAUUUAAUGAAAACUUUCCCUAUUUGCUUCGAGAUUUUGAUGAGAGCCCUAAAGUCAUCUUGUUUUUUGAGAUUCUUGAUUUCUUAAGCAUGGAUGAAAUUAGGAAUAAUUCUGAAGUUCAACACCAAGAAUGUGGCUUUCGGAAAAUUGCCUGGGCAUUUCUCAAGCUUCUCGGAGCCAAUGGAAAUAUAAACAUCAAUUCAAAACUUCGUUUGCAGCUGUAUUACCCACCUAGUAAGCAUCGAUACCAAUUAAACAUUGUUGAGGUUUUUGAAUGGUGGUCAAAAUAUCCAAGGAAUCAUUAUCCAUCAACAUUAUACGUAACCGUAAGAGGAUUGAAAGUUCCAGAAUGUAUAAAGCCAUCUUACCAUUCUGUGGUGGCUGUCCAGGAGGAGAAAGGUAAACCAGUGUAUUGUGAAGGACACCAUGAGGCCGGUUCAGUAGAUGCAGAACCUGGACUAGAAGAUUCUAAAGAAGUAGUGAAGUGGAAACGACUACCUGGGCAGGCUUGCCGUAUCCCAAAUAAGCACCUCUUCUCACUAAAUACAGGAGAACGAGGAUGUUUUCGUCUUGUUUUCUCUCAUAAUGGAAGAAUAUUAGCAGCGGCCUGUGCCAGCCGAGAUGGAUAUCCAAUUAUCUUAUAUGAAAUUCCUUCUGGGCGUUUCAUGAGAGAAUUAUGUGGCCACCUCAAUAUCAUUUAUGAUCUUUGCUGGUCCCGUGAUGAUCGCUAUAUCCUUACUGCAUCAUCUGAUGGCACUGCCAGGAUAUGGAAAAAUGAAAUAAAUAAUACCAAUACUUUCAGAGUUUUACCUCAUCCUUCUUUUGUUUACACGGCUAAAUUCCAUCCUGCUGUAAAAGAAGUGGUAGUUACAGGGUGCUAUGAUUCUGUGAUACGGAUAUGGAAGGUUGAUAUGAGAGGGGAUCCUGCCAUAUUGAUUCGACAGUUUGACACGCACAGAAGUUUCAUCAACUCUCUCUGUUUUGAUAUUGAAGGUAAUCACAUGUAUUCAGGAGAUUGCACAGGGGUGAUUGUUGUUUGGAAUACCUAUGUCAAAGUCAAUGAUGUGCAACAUUCAGUGCGCCACUGGAGUGUAAAUAAGGAAAUUAAAGAGAGUGAGUUUAAGGGUAUUCCUAUAAGUUAUUUGGAGGUUCAUCCCAAUGGAAAACGAUUGUUAAUCCAUACCAAAGACAGUACUUUGAGAAUUAUGGAUCUCCGAAUAUUAGCAGCAAGGAAAUUUGUAGGUGCAGCAAAUUACCGGGAAAAGAUUCAUAGUACUUUGACACCGUGUGGGACUUUUCUCUUUGCUGGAAGUGAGGAUGGUAUAGUAUAUGUUUGGAACCCAGAAACAGGAGAACAAGUAGCAGUGUAUUCUGACCUGCCAUUCAAAUCACCCAUUCGAGACAUUUCUUAUCACCCACUUGAAAAUAUGGUUGCAUUUUGUGCAUUUGGGCAGAAUGAGCCAAUUCUUCUGUAUAUUUAUGAUUUCCAUGUUGCCCAGCAAGAGGCUGAAAUGUUCAAAUGCUACAAUGGAACAUUUCCAUUACAUGGAAUACACCAAAGUCAAGAUGCUUUAUGCACCUUUCCUAAACUGCCUCACCAAGGCUCUUUUCAGAUUGAUGACUGUGUCCACACUGAACGUUCUUCAAUGAGGAUGCAGCAAGUGAAACAGAGACUUGAUUCUGUCACAGUCAACAAAAAUCUCUCCUUUUCUUCAACGUCAGCCUCCUCACAGCAGUCUAAGUUAAAACAGUCAGACAUGCUGGCCGCUCAUCAGAUUCUACCUCAGUCUGGUUUCCCUCAGCCCGGGAUUAACAGCAUGGAAAGAAAGCCUGGUAACCAUCAUGUAGAUACAGCACCAAUGGUAGUGGCUCUUUAUGACUACACAGCGAAUCGAUCAGAUGAACUAACCAUCCAUCGCGGAGACAUUAUCCGAGUGUUUUUCAAAGAUAAUGAAGACUGGUGGUAUGGCAGCAUAGGAAAGGGACAGGAAGGUUAUUUUCCAGCUAAUCAUGUGGCUAGUGAAACAUUAUAUCAAGAACUGCCUCCAGAGAUAAAGGAGCGAUCCCCUCCUUUAACCCCAAAGGAAAAAACCAAAGUGGAAAAACCUUCUUCAGCUGCUCAAAAGCGGCCAGUCAAGGACAAGUCCCAGGAUUUCCGAUUGGGCUCAGAGUCCGUGACACAUUCUGAAGUAGGAAAAGAGCAGAGCCGUGAGGACCAAGCACACAUAAUGGAUAUGCACUUGAAGAAGAAUGAGCCAAGCCAGCGGAAGAGUAACCCUAAUAGAGUAAAGAGUUGAAGAAGAAAGAAGACAACCAAAUACACAGAAGUGAAAUGAAAAAUUAAACCAAACAGUUUUUGUUCAGAGUUAAGAAUUUUCAGAUACUAAGAAAGAAAGGAAGGACUGCUGCUUCUUGUCCUUAUGAAAGAAUCUAGAAAAAUCAGAAACGAGGUAUGAGUAAAAAACUAAAUGUGGCCUUUUGACCUUCAUUGUUAUAAACCAUUGUGAUUGUUAUUGAUCAAA